UCGCGACCCAGGAGCGAUGGCCGCCCGAUUAUGUGGCUAGGUGGCCGCUGGUGGCUCCCGUUUCUUGUGCAGGGGUGCUUCAAUCUCCGGUCUCUUAGUUUUGCCAGGAUUUGGGGUGGCCGUAGGGGCCCAAUGGAGGAAACGCUCUCGACUGGGGCUGAGGCAGCAAGCGAGGUGAGGGCUCCGGCUCAGCAAAACGGAGACGCGGGUGGCGAUGCGAAGGCUGAGCGGCCCCCAGUGUGCCCCAAGCCGGCGGGCCAGGAAGUGGAGCUGGCCCCUAGGGACAGAGAGCAGGCCACAGGGAACGAGGAGCUGGCCACGGCUGCAGCGCCGAGCCCAGGCAAGCGGAAGAAGCUGCGGGGCACAACCAGGGAGCGCGUGGUGCCACCGCCGAAGAAGCGGCGGGCAGGGGUGAGCUUCGGCGAUGAGCACUUUGCGGAGACCAGCUACUACUUCGAGGGAGGCCUGCGCAAAGUGCAGCCUUAUUACUUUGACUUUCGGACCUACUGCAAAGGCCGCUGGGUGGGCCACAGCUUGCUGCACGUCUUCAGCACCGAGUUCCGAGCCCAGCCCCUGGCCUACUACGAGGCCGCGGUCCGCGCGGGGCGCCUCCACCUCAACGAAGAGCCCGUACAGGACCUCAACAUUGUGCUCAAGGACAAUGACUUCUUGCGGAACACAGUACACAGGCAUGAGCCACCAGUUACAGCAGAGCCUAUCCGUCUGCUGGCUGAGAAUGAAGAUGUAGUGGUUGUAGACAAGCCUUCUUCCAUUCCUGUCCACCCGUGUGGCCGCUUCCGACACAACACGGUCAUCUUCAUCCUGGGCAAGGAGCACCAACUCAAGGAGCUACACCCAUUGCAUCGGCUUGACCGCCUUACCUCGGGGGUCCUCAUGUUUGCCAAGACAGCAUCCGUCUCGGAGAGAAUUCAUGAACAGGUUCGAGACCGGCAGCUAGAGAAGGAGUACAUAUGCCGGGUGGAAGGGGAGUUCCCCGCUGAGGAAGUGACCUGCAAGGAACCCAUCUUGGUAGUAUCUUACAAGGUCGGGGUGUGCCGUGUAGACACUCGGGGCAAGCCCUGUGAGACAGUGUUUCAAAGACUGAGUUACAACGGCCACUCCAGUGUGGUGAGGUGCCGGCCACUCACAGGCCGCACCCACCAGAUCCGAGUCCACCUCCAGUUCCUGGGCCACCCCAUCCUCAAUGACCCCAUCUAUAACUCAGUGGCCUGGGGCCCCUCACGGGGCCGGGGUGGCCACAUUCCCAAGACAGAUGAGGAACUGCUUCGGGACCUUGUGGCAGAGCAUCAAGCCAAACAGAGCCUGGAUGUGCUAGAUCUCUGUGAAAGUGACCUAUCUCCAGGACUCAAAAACUCUACAGUUUCCUCUUCAGAGCUGGGCAAGGACUGCCUGGAAGACUUGGCUGCAUCCACCCAAAAGAUGGAUGGAGUAGUUGAGACAGCAUCUCAGGAUCUGAACACAAUGGCCUUGGCACCAGGGAAUGCAGCUGAAACAGAUGUUAUCAAUCAAGAGAUAGACCCCCUCUGUGCAGAAUGCCGGCUGGUGCGACAGGACCCCUUGCCCCAGGACCUUGUGAUGUUUCUGCAUGCCCUGCGCUAUAAAGGGCCAGGCUUUGAGUACUUUUCACCCAUGCCUACUUGGGCACAGGAUGACUGGCAAGAGGACUGAAAGCUGUGGCCAAUGGAAAGAUUGCUUCUUUGGUUGGAAGAGGCCAUGGGGAAGGAACUGACCUCAUGGUCUGGUUCUUAGGGUUUCUAUAGGAGUGAGGUUGGGCUCUUAAAGGACCCGCUUAUACUUUCUACCUCUUUCCUUCCUCUCCUUCAACCUAGAGUUUGAGGACUUUUUGAUUCAUAAAUAUAUUCCUUUUUGUUAUCCCUGGAA